AUGGAAAAAAUUGGCCUAGUAGAGACCAUCAAAGAGGCGGCACCAGGAGUUGUAUUCGACCCUUCUACAACAAAUAGUUGCUUUCACUACCAUUGUUCCACAGCUCACAACAACGUGAAGGUGUUCAUCACACAUGGUGGUCUCCUCAGUAUGCAAGAAGCCAUCUACCACGCCACGCCACUCCUCGCUCUACCUAUCUACGGUGACCAACCCAAGAACAGCAUGUUUAUUAAGAACUCUGGAUUAGGAGACUUUUUGAUAUGGGAAGAACUUACUGUGGACAUGAUCGUUGGAGCUCUCACCAAAAUUCUUAUCGACCCCAAGUAUAAGGAAAAUGUGCUGAGGAUGUCACUGUCGAUGAGGGAUCAACCUAUAUCACCCACGGAGCUGGCAGUGUUCUGGACGGAGUACGUCAUCCGUCACAGAGGUGCGCCUCAGCUGAGGUCACCAGCGGCACAGCUCUCCUGGGUGGAGUUCCUCAUGCUGGACGUGAUCUUCAUACUCCACUUGGCUAUGAUUGUCCUUCUAUUCAUUCUUCGCCGCAUUUUCGAAGUCACGACUGCUAAAAUCUUAGGCAAUGACGGAAAAAAUGAAGAAGAAAAAUGA